GUGGGGGUCUCGAAGGGGAUGGAGAUGGGGGUUGGUGAAACGAUACCGAAGACAGAAGGCAGGAAGGCGCCGCCAACAGCGGCAAAAGCCUCGCAAAAAAAAGAGCGACGCCCUGCACUCCGUGCUAUAACUCAGACAUCCCGCACCUUGAAACAUCGAGACGGGGCCCCUUUCACGGGCCUCGGGACCGUCGAAUCACGACUCGGGAUGAAGCGGUCGUGAGGUCAGGGGCCCGCGUCUCGACCAAGUCGAACAAGUCGAGGGCCGGGCGCGCUUCUCAAGCAAACGACGCGAAUUCGCCGACCAUGUCGGCGUGUGACAGGGCUGUCCGAACGCCAUCUUGCCGCAAAUUACCGGGACCCUAGCCGCCCUACAGGCAAUCACAGAGAGAUCUUGGUGCUGGUGCCACUUCGCACGGCAGCCGAGCUGUUCUCCGCGGCAUGCUCGUUCACGGAGUGGGCGUCCAUUGUCUUCCCGAAAUAUGCUUCCUUGGCCUUCCGCUGCAGGCGACGCCGCUGUGACCGGCUUUUCCCCUGAGGCUUCGAGCACAUGUCCGAAUCAUCCAAGCUGUCGUUCCCAUCCUUCUCCGCGUUGCUGUCAGACUGUUGCUCGGGGCCCUCCUCCUUUGCCAGGCGGCCUCCCCCGAAGGCUCCCGCCCGAAGGCUGAGUACGACAGCCGAUAACCCAACCACUGGCCUGUUGCUGCUGGCCAGGCUCUCUCUGCUCGCCAGAUCCGACUCUGAGGUCGUUGUGGCGUCAGAGGUGGGGUCCGACUUGGGGCGCUCGACCACGGUGACGUAGUCGAUCCAGGGCGACGGGCAAUCCAGGAAGGUGUUCUUGGCAGUCAAGCAGAUUGGCCCGUCGGCCGCCAGCGGCGCCAUGGUCCUAUGAAGGCUCAUUGUCCGUGGAGCCCAGAAGGCUCGCGGCUCGAACUGCAACGGAUUGCGUCAAACAGCCAGGCCAGGAGGCCGCUGCUCCGUCGCCGCGCGCGGGCCCGGCGGGGGCCGCCGCCCGCCUCCGGCCAGGAGCAGCUGGAGCGUCGGGAAGCCGCCCUCCUCCUCCCGUUUCUUCUUCUCCUCCUCCUCUCGCCUCUUCUUCUCCUCCGCCUCAACGCUGCCCCGAUACGCGCCACGCAACACGUAUCUGCGAGGCGGAGAUUUAUCCAUAUCCACCGCCUGGGAACCGACGUCCUGG